AUUACACCACCGCCUUCACUGUCAGAUCCACUUAAAGAACUUUUUCGGCAACAGGAAGUUGUAAGAAUGAAACUACGUUUGCAACACAGUAUUGAAAGGGAAAAACUUAUUGUAUCCAAUGAGCAGGAAGUUCUACGCGUUCAUUACAGAGCUGCAAGAACACUGGCAAAUCAAACACUGCCAUUUAGUGCUUGUACUGUUUUGCUGGAUGCAGAAGUAUACAAUGUACCAUUGGACUCUCAGUCUGAUGACAGUAAAACUUCUGUGAGGGAUCGCUUUAAUGCAAGACAGUUCAUGUCUUGGUUACAAGAUGUGGAUGAUAAAUUUGACAAAUUAAAGACCUGUCUUUUAAUGAGGCAGCAACAUGAAGCUGCGGCUUUAAAUGCCGUCCAGAGAUUAGAAUGGCAGCUCAAACUCCAGGAACUUGAUCCUGCCACCUAUAAGUCUAUCAGCAUUUACGAAAUCCAGGAGUUUUAUGUUCCCCUUGUUGAUGUUAAUGAUGAUUUUGAACUGACUCCUAUUUAGCAGUCAUUAUUCCUGAUGGUCUGAUUGUCCUAAACUGAUGAUGUCCAAGCGUUAUACUGUGGAGUACUGCCUUUUGACAAAAAUAUUGAUAUUAUGCCUUUACAAUUGUUAGUGAUGUUCCAUUAAAGUUAGUUAUGUAGUAAACACUGUCAUUUUGUAAAAAAUGAAGAGAAUUAUUUUGGAUCUUAGAUCCAAACACAGUUUCUAACAGAAAACUAUUAUUUAUAUUGGGAAAGGUAACUAUUGCAUUAGAGAAUGUUGGCUGACUGUGGUAGAUAAUUUAAAAGUUGAGAAUCUGCUAGCAGCGCUGGAAGUUGUUAGCACUCUAAGUAACGAGAUAACCACUAGUAUUCAAAUCUUUUUCAGGUUUUAUUAAAAAUAUAUCAGUAAACUAAAAGGUUCAGUUCCUACCAAAUAGCUUCUAAUGUGGAAGAAAAACUUGGCACAAAAUUUCUUCAGUUUAUUAUAUCUGUAAAUUUAACUGUACAGUUUUCUUUUUGAAAGUUUUAAUAUUGUCUUCCUUUUUAAUAACUUAUUUUAUACAUAUUGUGCAAAUGUAAAUCUUGUAAUUAAUGGUAAAAAUGUAUACAAAGGGAUUGGUAGUCAAAACAUGUACAAAGAAAAUAGUUGUAAAACUGUUUGUCUGAUAUUUUAUUGGACCAAAGUUGUAGUUUGUACGGAGUGUAGUAGUAGUGUGUUCAGGUAGCAACACCUUUAGAUAAGGCAUGCCUGUGUUUGGGUUAGCUUGUUUUCAUCACCAUACCUGUGAUGAUUGUGACUUAGUUGUAUUGCAUGCUUCCUAUAAUUUAACUCUCUCCAUAAUGGAUGCCUGGAGCAGUGUAAGGCAUUUCAUACUAGUCUCCUGUGAUAGAACCUGUGACUUACUGUGUUGGACAUAUUAUUUAGAAUUAGUCAUACAAAGAAACUUAGCUCUUUUUCAUCUCACAGUAGAGCCUAUUUCUCCUUGGGAAAAAAAAUGCCUUUGAAUGAAAAUUCUGAAAUUGUAAAUGUCUAUUUUAAUAUUCAACUAUGACAGAAUCUGUGAAUAUAUGUAAAUAUGUUUAAUAAAUUUUAUUGGUCAUGUUAAAUCAUUGUAAAACUUUUUUACAUUGCUUAAACUUAAUGUUUUAAGCUUAAUAGCCUUUGCACUUUUAAAAUAAAAACUGAGUAGGCAAAUCAAAAAGAUACUUGGUAGUCAAAAUAAGAAAAAUUUAGGAACAUUCCAGUUGAUCUCUGAAAUGUUCAUGAAAAAUUAAUAUAUUGUGAUUUUUCCAUGUAUUAAGAUGCAAACAUAUAAUUUGCAAAAUUUUAUAGUUGAAAUAAAAUUGAUAUACUGUUUUAUAAUAAAAAAUUAGCAAUAUCCUUAGAAAAAGUCAAACUUCUAUUAAAACAUGAUGUGAAUUAAAUAUUCGGGAAUUUUUCGGAUCUGAAACCUCCUGCAGAACUUGCUAAACACUUUUAAAAGGAAAAUUAGAUUUUAGUGUAAAAUUUGUCAGAAGCAUUAUCUGAAAUAAAAUUCAUUUCCACAAUAGUUCCUUAAAUUAUAAUAUUGGAUACUUUCUAUUCUAACAGAGAAAAGUGAAGCAAACAUAUGGGGAAAUGAAGUGAUGUAAAUUCAGCUUCCAAGUUAGGAAUCCCAGCUAAUGGGAGAGAAUGUACAAGUUUUUUAGUGCAAAGGUACAUAUUAAGCUUAGAGAUUUUUGAAUUUUUACGUCAAUUUAUAUUUUAAUUCUUACUGUACUUGGCAUGCGCAAUAAAGCAGCACGUGUAAAAAACAUACACAGUGCAAGGGCUUUAGGUUGGAUGUAGUUUUCUUUAGAGAUUUAGGUGAAAGAUUUUGGCCUUUUUUAUUGGAUAAAUGGGGCCAGAAAGGCAGGGUAGAUUUUGAAGCACUGGUUUUGUUGAAGUUAAGUUUAUUAAGGCUGGGAACAUUAAAAGCUAAUUUAUAAAAGCAAUACUUUUUAAUAUGAAAAACAUAAUGCAAAGUUUGUUUAUACUUUUGCUUAAAAAGGAAAAUUGGAUAGUGUAGCAAAUCCUAAAAAUUAAAAAAAAAUAUUGUGCAUUAAAGUUACAGAAAAUCAGAGAGGGGUAAGUUUAUAGAGCAUUUUGUUCUGGUGGUCCAACCAAAGGUGGGCCAGAAUAUCAGUGGUGGCCAAACAGAACAAGCGUCAGAAGAGAAAGGUAAGCAAGCAGGAUUCUGGCAAAUUUUAGUCAUCCCAGCUUUUUAGUCUUAACCACAGUUCUCACCUUCUUCAAUGGUACCUCAAAAAGCCGGAACCUCUCUGCCAUGAUUCUGCUUCUACAAAUUUCCUCUGUAAAGGGACUCAAAGCUAAUCACAAUAGCUUAAAAGUUAAUGCCUCUUUAUUGGAAAUUUAUAAUCAAGUAGUUAAGGGCUUUUGGUGUUAAAGAUAUUCUGAAGCUCUAAAAUACUAGAAAAAACUUGGAAUGGGAAAUAUGCCUAAAAUGUUUUUGGAUUCUGAAAGAAAAAUAAAGGGUGGUUACUUUAAUCAGUGAUUCUUUUAAAAACUAUUCGAUUAUCAUGAACAAGAUACUAAAUUGUACCUAAGGAUUUGUAUUUCUUUAAAUCUUGUUCUAAAUCAUAUCUGUUUAAUAAAUGACUAGUUGAUAUUUGUGCAUGUUAUUUAAUAAAGAGUUAUAUUUUUAUAGAAAAAAAUAAGAGUGAAAUGUGUGUUAAAUGUUUUUUUUAUGUAAUUUUCCAGUCUCAUUAUUUGAUUGUAAGCCAAACACCAAUGUUUACUUGGGCAGCUGACAAAAUUGCAAAAUUAUUCAUCCUGGGAAAACAGCCUCUGAAGAACUAGCCUUUCAAGUUCAAAUCUGUUCACUAAUAAGUCUCCUAAAUGAAUUUUUUAAAAUACAGGCAUACCUCACAGAUAUUGCAGGUUGCAUUCCAGACCACUGCAGUAAAGCAAAUAUCACAAGAAAGCAUGUCAACACAAACUUUUUGUUUCCCAGUGCAUAUAAAAGUUAUGUUUACACUAUAGUAUGUUAAGUGUGCAAUAAGCGUUACGUCUGAAAAUACAAUGUGCAUACCUUAAUUCAGAAGCACUAUAUUACUAAGAAUGCUAAUGAAGUAAUAAGCACAUGCUGUUGGAAAAAUGAGGCUGAUAGACUUGGUUAAUGCAAGAUUGCCACAAACCUUCAAUUGGUGAAAAACACAAUAUUUGUGAAGCACAAUAAAGCAAAGCACAAGAAAACAGUGCCUGUGUUAGACAUGCUACAAACUUCAUAACUGUAAAAAUCCCAAAGACUCCAUGAAGCUCAUUUUAAUAGGACUUAAGAAUUAAACGGUUUUUUUUAGGAAUUGAGUGCAGAGCUAAAUAUGUGUUUUUCUUUUCCAAAAAGUUAGCAAUAUUUUUUAUUCCAUUUCUGAUACCUUGACACAUAAAAACCCAAAUUUUUAUAUCGAGGAACUUGACUAUUUAAAACUCAUGAAACAGUCUUCUCUUUUUAAGUUUAAAGGAAGCAUUUUCACCACUUUUUAAAAAAAAUCAUUUUUAAAUAUUUAAGACAAAAAUUAUUACAAGAUAUACUAAUCUUUGGAAAAGCUUGUGUGAAGUCUAGUGGUAAAAAUAUCUUGUCAUUCAUAAUUCUUUUAGUGGCUUCUUGGGAGUCUUUUUUGUACCUGAAAUGGAGUUUUCUUUUAAACCUCCACAGACAUAGUCACUCAAAGUAUUUUCUGUCAGUAAAACCAAGUUUCAUAGAAUAAAGUUUAAAUAUUCCAUUACUAAAAUGGCUUUAAAAAUCUUGAAUUAUAAGUAUUACUAUAAUAUAGCAAAAAGCACAACCAGAAAAAUUGUUUUUCCGGUUAUUAAAUGCGAUAUAAUAUCACAAAUAAUGUAAUUUUUUAUACAUGAACAGUAUCUCCAUAAGAGAAAAUAGCCUGUAAACAAUCUUUGGUUGCGUGGGGAAUUCCAUUUUAUUAGGUGCAUUAGUUACUCAAAGAACCUAACAAAUGUAUGAAGCACAUUUAUUUAAUCCUAUUGAUAAGUUUUUUAAUUUUUUUAAAAAACUGGAUUCAAUAUCCAAAAAUCUGACUACUAAUAAAAAGCUUUUAGCUAGCCGUCUUUUUUCUCACCUAAAGAAAGGUUGCUGUUUAUGUGAGACAUAUACAGCAUGUUUACAGCACCACCCAUGUACCUACCCAUCAUUCAGUUUAAGAGAACAUUUAUCAGUACCUUUCUCAAAUUUGCUUUAAUUGUUAUAAUCUAUAUCCAGUAAAAACACCCAGAUCUUACGUAGGCAGUCUGGUGAAUCCUGACAAAUGUAAACUCCCACACCCAAACCACUCAAAAUGUUGUGAAACAUUUUCAUUUCCCUGGAAUGUUCACUUGUGCCUCUUUCCGGUCAAUACCCCAGGGGCAACCACUGUACUGACUCCCAUCACUAUAUGCAUUAGUUGUACCUAGUCUUGAGCUUCAUGUAAAUGAAAUUAUAUGGUAUAUAUUCUCGUGUUUGCCUUGUUUUUCUCAACAUAAAUUUUAAAAUUCAUCUAUGUUGCAUAUAUCAGUACCGAGUAGUAAUUUAUUAUUGAGUAGUAGUAUAUUGUACAAAUUUGUUGAUUCAUUCUCUUGUUAGUAGUAUUUUUAUUGUUUCCAGUUUGGGACUAUUGUGAAUAAACCUGCUAUGAACAUACAAA